AUGGCCCCUCUAUCUCUCCUCCGACGGUCCUCCAGUGAGCCACACCACCUUGCAAAGAGAUAUUAUCAUUACAGCUAUGGGCCCACGGUUGGAGGAAUUAUUGGUGGGAUAAUUUUCUUCAUCUUGAUAAUUGUCCUUCUCUUCCGACUACGACGAAGAAGACCUGCCACUACUACCUAUGUUGCACCCCAAGCAUCAGCAGCAGCGACAGCAACUUCAGGAGCUCAAGGAAACCAAACCAACGUAUAUGUCAUGGGGCAGGGCGGGCCUCUGCCACCACAGCAAAUCCCCUUGCAGAACACAAGCCCUCAGCCCUAUCCCCAACAACCUUUCCCUCAGCAGCAACCGUACAAUCAACAGCAGCAGCCAUAUCCUUACCCUGCCCAAUCUCCACCGCCUCAGGAGCAGCAACAACAGCAAUAUGGGUAUAUGCCGAACCAGGGUCCUGCCCCGCCCCAACAGACAUAUGCACCACAAGGCCAGCCAGGAUAUCAGCAACCUUAUUAUCAAGGAGACGGCAUUUCUAGCUACCCAGUGGGAGCUCCACCACCGAGCUACAAGGACCCAAACAAGGCUUAA